UCUACGGAUUUAAAUCAAUCGCAACUUCUCGGCUCUUUGACAAAAAUAAGAGGGUGUUGAAAAUAUUUGAAUUGUCUGCAGGGAUGAAGUUUCCUCAAAAUAUUCGGGGUGUAGUGUCUUAGGGAUUAAGUUCUUGUUCCUAAAACUUCGUAUAAUUAAAGAUAGUCGGAAAGUUUAGAUUUACCUCUGAUGAGUAAUAAAAGUCGAGGUGUUCCGAUUGAUCAAAAAGUAAACAUAGCUAUUACUGAAUUCUGACUCAUUAUUUGAAAAUUAUACAAUUUCUAUAAUAAGUUCCCACAUUUUUUUAUAUUCAUUUCUGCACAAUGGCAGGGAAAGCAACAAGCUUCGUCGUUGGGCUAGAAACGGUAAAUGACAGUGACAGUCAGAGGGAAACAGAGACAAAAAAGGAGGAAAAAGAACAUAGUAAUUUGUUAUCGGUUCUCAGGUCAAAGUACUGUAGCGGUAAUGAGGAGUUCAAGUUUGGAUAUUUUGGAGGAAGACCACCUAAGAAGCGCACAAACUCUGGAGGGGAUGCAGAACUUGGGUACCUAACAAAUGUUUGUGUCAGUAACAGUUACAUUAGAACAUCAGCAUUAGAGGGACAGAGUAUUAGAUCAUUAUGUCCAAAUGUUGUUGAUUUGGAUAUAUCAGGGAAUCUCCUGGACUCUUGGAGUGAAAUUUUACCAUUAAUACAGGAGCUACAAAACCUGAAGUUCCUGAACAUAGCUAGAAACCCUAUUGCAAAUAAUAAGGAUACAUUAUAUGAAUGGUCAAGCCCACUUCCAAAUGUAGAAAACUUGGUUUUAAACAGGACAGGUAUCAAAUGGAAGGAUGUCUUGCAAUUUGCGAAACUGUUACCACAUUUAAAGGAACUUCAUCUAUGUGCAAAUAAUUUCAGAGAUAUACCAGAAGGAAAACAUCUUGGUCUCCGUAGUGUUGAAUGUUUGAGAAUGAAUGAUAAUCACAUUACCAGUUGGGAUGAAGUGUGGAAACUCCGUCAUUUAUCAGGCUUAAAGUCUCUGAUCCUAUCUGGAAAUCCUUUAGUUGAUAUACAUUACAAAGCAGGUGACCUUGACCCUGAUUGUAACUGUUCCUGUCAUGAAACUGUAACUGUUGAUGACAUGACUGCUCUUGGCAGUGACAAAGUUAAUGAUAACCAUGAUGGAGAUGCAGUAAAACUUGAUGAUGCCACUGUUGCUAAUAGUGAUGACGUUAUUGAAUCGCUUCAAGAAGAAGUUCGGCAAUAUUGUGAAAACAUUCUGAACUCUGUGAUAGAUGAGGCAAUAAGAAAUGAUAUUGCACAGUCCAGUGUGUUGCAAGGCAAAGAUGAAGAAAGCAUGAUGUCCAGACAAGAGGAAAACAGCCCAACUACAAGUAUUGGUGUAGUUGAAUGUUCUGAAAGACCUAAAGAUCAGCUGGUAGAGACCGGGUCUGAAAGUUUGUUUGAUAUAAAAGAUAAGGAAGAUCAGGAAUGCAUAAAGCAACUGAGUAGAGAGAUUGUUGAGCUUAUCUUGAGGAGAGCUUUUGAUGUUGUCGUUGAAGAGGCCAAAGAUGAGUCUGCUGCGGAGACAAGUACAAAAUUUGAUCCAGAAAUGAACCAAAAGGAUGCAGAUUUUGCUGAUGAAAAUAAAGAAAACAAUGAGCUGAAAAAUGGAGGAGGGACAGAUGGGAAAGGCUUAAACAGGGGAGAUGACUCUUGCUGUCUUUGUGAUGAAGAACCUGUCAGUCAAAAACCGUUUAUCUCCCUUGAAACUUUGUGUGUAAGUGAGACAAAGAUUGGGAAGUGGAAACAUUUGAGUGCACUGCGAACAUUCCCUGCUCUAAAAUCAGUUAGAAUGAAGAAUGUGAAAUUAGGAUCAAAACUAAGUGAUGAAGAUAGAAGAAAACUGUUCAUGGCAAGUUUACCAAAUGUCAAACUGCUCAAUGGAAGUGAAGUGACUCCAUCAGAGAGAGAAAAAUCUGAGCGUUUCCUAUUAAGACAUUUCUACGAUAAAAAAUUGAAGCCUGAUAUAUAUCAUACACUAGAGAAAAAAGACAUGGUAAUCAGAAAUACUGAUAUAUAUCAUACACUAGAGAAAAGACAUGGUCAGCUCACUCCAUUGGUAGACGUAGAUAUAAGCAAAGGGUUGACAGAAUAUGUGACAGUGAGGUUUAUUCAUAAUGGCAAAUUGGCAUUCACUGAGACCAUUUCUGUAAGAAGUAUGGCCGACACUCUGAGGAACCUUAUCGCAAAGAAAAUUGAUCAAAGUACCAUGUAUGCUGUCCUCAACCACAAACGCUGCAAUACUCAGCACAAUGAGUCUGUAGGUGAAUUUCAGGAAAUUAGGGGUGGAUUGUUGCCAAUUAGCAGGCUUGAAAUUCUUGAUGGGGAUGAAAUUCAUAUUGAUGAUACUAAAUCUAUACCAAAUUUAAAAGUGGAUUAUUAUUUAAGAGAUAGACAGCCAGAUGUAAAAGAAAAUGCUUAGUAAAUAAACUGUUAGAACUUUUAUAUUCAAUGCGUUAUGCCAGGGAACUAAACACAGUUUUAGGCCCCUGGUUUAUUAGCAGAAUUCUCGAUCCACCAAUCUGAUUAAAAUCAGAUUCUAAAUGACCGCUACACUUCAUAUGUAAACUGUAAGAAGAUCUGGGUGCGGUUUUAUCAACGGUCGUACGCUCAGUUGUGGCUCAGACUUGUUCGUACAACUGAAAAUGGUCUUAGCUGCCACUGAGUGCAUACAAUCAUGUACAUAAAACGAUCUUAUGUGUAUCGCAGGUUCGGUCAUGAGUUUCAAUCGUUAGAUCCUUAACGAUGGUCUUUGUUGAUAAAACAGCACCCGGAACUUUUGUCAGGUAUUUGAAUCCAUUUGUUAUCAUAUUAAAAUUUGUUGAUUUUGAAAUUCCAUUUUGCUAACUGUAAGUCUUUCAUGGUCUUAAUUUUGUUAUCUUUUUCUAUUUAUGUAAUAUGUUGUGAGAUAUUCAGCUCUUAAAUUUAUUUUAAAGAAUUCUAUUUUGAUUUUUAUCUUGUUACCUUUUUACAAAAUUGUAACAGAAACCAGUGACCUGGGAUCGAUAAUCAGACGUCGCAGGUCACUUUCAUUGUGAUUGAUCAUGAAAUCCUUUCUACGGUCAUUCACAUUAAACUGCUGUGCUACAUGUACAGAAGUUAUCAGUUCCUUGUGGAAGCGAAGGCAUCUAGUACUGGUUAACUGCUUGACGAUGCAGUGGCUGAACUGUGCUCUGGUUAAUUAAAUGUGGCUCACUGCUUGGGAGUGGAAAACUACCACGACAGUAACGUUUAACCUUCUGAAUUUAUGGAAAUAUAUAUACCACCCCUGUCCAUUAGAUUGGAACAGUUCAUUCUAAUUUUAAGGAAUUUCAAUAUCAAAGUACAAAUAUUGGGACAAACAACAGUUUAAAUAGAGUCUGAACAGGCUGCACGACCUUUCGGUAUACAUGUUAUACAGGUAGCAAAGGUUAACAACUAUUGGUUCCAGUGGGUUAAGCUUUUGUUAGUGUUCUAAUAUUCUGACUUAUAUUUUAAAUAGAGGAUAUUGAGUGAGUGUAGAUUUAAUACUAAAUUUAUUGAACAAUUUGAAUUAGUUUAAUUAAAUAAUAUUUUGCGAGACUUUGGCAAGCAUAAUAUUGUUUUAUUCAACAAGUUUAAUAAAUUUAGUAUUGAAUCUACACAAAUAUAAUAUUCAUUCUGUUUAUCACAUAUCUAAAAUAAGAAUGGUUUAUACUUAAAUGAGUCAUUUUUCAUUGAUGCGCCUAUAGUGUAAUAUUAGCAUAAGGGUGCUUUAACGCCAUUUGUAUGUUUGCAUAUAAUGCAGAUGAUGUCAUUAUAGUCUAUAGUGUAAUAUUGUUUUUAUUAAAUGGGUAUAUUACACUCCUGUACCAUGGUUUAUGUGAUAAACUAGGGGUAUGAAAUUUUGUUUACUCUUUAGUAAAAGAUAUAUAAUAAAACUUUAUUAAAUUAUGGAUACUUUGGGUAAAUACUACAAAUUGACAAUAUCAGGGUACUUCGAAACACUGUUUUUAUCAUUGUAAUUCUUUGUCUGCAUUUCCAUUAAUUAAAACAUAGUGUCCUUUUAAGUUCACUUAACUUGAGUUUUUAGUGAAUAUGUCAAGGUUGACCGCCUCCGAUGACUUCUAAUCCAGUUACCUCUCUGGCGUGGGUUUGAUCCCCGGGAGAUUCUUUGGUAGUUUAGCGCUGAGGAAGGUAGUCUAGUACUGGUGUAACUCUCCAGGAAUGAUGGUGAGGAAACUACCCGCCUAUAUGACUGAAAUACUGUUGGAAAAAGGCGUAAAAUGAAACAAACAAACAGAAAACAAACAAUUUCAAGGUUGAAGUAAGAAAUGUCCAACAGAAUUGGUUAGCUUGAAAACACAAAUUGAUAACUACAUGUUAUGAUAGUUUCUUUCAUUACAAAAAUUAAAUUUCUCUUUUAGUUACAACAAAAUUUUUAAAGCUUUUGUUGCUAAGUGAUAGUGCUGAGUAAGGAGAGCAGAAAAAUAACAAUGUGAACAUUAGUGAUUUUUUAUU